ACAUGUGGACACUUAUACUCGUCUUGUCCAGUCUAUUCCCAGCUGGAACUGCUGCUGUAACUACAGUAACUGGAUACAAGGGCCGUUCAGUUCAGAUCAGAUGCCCCUAUAAGUCUGGAUAUGAAACCCACUUGAAGUACGUCUGCAGAGGAGAGUGUUAUACUUUCCAGACUAAAGACAUCCCUGUUGAUUCUAAAACUGCUAAAGAUGAGAGAUUCUCUCUGAAUGAUGACACAGCAGCCAGAGUCUUCACUGUUACCAUCACUGAUCUGAGAUCUGAGGAUGGAGGAAACUACUGGUGUGGAACACAGCAGAAAGUGCAUGAUCACUACACAGAGAUUCUGUUAGUGGUUAAAGUGGGUGACCCGGCUCAAACCACAUUAUCUCACUCUACCAUAUCACACAUCCCUGUUCCACUUUCUGUCUGUGACAGUGAGGAGAUUAAAGACACCAGAAGUCAUUCUGUCUCAGAUGCUGGAGCUCCUACAGCCUACUCUACUGUCAAUCUAUCCACAAACCCCUGUGAUUCCUCCCAAACUGUUUAUGCCAACACCCAUUUAUCCACAAACCCCUACACAAGAGCUCCUACAGUCUACUCUACUGUCAGUCUACCCACAAACCCUUCUGGCCCCUUUCAAGCUGUUUAUGACCAAGUCCAAUUACCCACAAACCUCUGUGAUCUUACACAUACUGUUUCUGAUACUGUUUCACUACCAUCAAACUCUCCUGAUCAGGACACUUAUUGUACGGCUCAAUUACCCACACUUCUUUCUGAUUCCUCAGUGGGUGAUACACAUCAGUCAGAAGGGUUGUCUGCAGAAGCUCCAACUAAUACAUCAGUGAAGUUUUGA